AUGAAAAAUCACACAGCAAUAACAACUUUUAUCCUGCUGGGAUUAACAGACGAUCCACAACUGCAAAUCCUGCUUUUUAUCUUUCUAUUUUUCACCUACAUGUUGAGUGUAACAGGGAAUCUUACUAUUAUCACCCUCACGUGGGUGGACUCCCAUCUUAAAACUCCUAUGUACUUUUUUCUCAGAAAUUUUUCCUUCUUAGAGGUCUCAUUUACCACUGUCUGUAUUCCUAGGUUUCUGUACAGUAUGUCAACCGGGGAUAAUACCAUUACUUACAAUGCUUGUGCAAGUCAAAUAUUUUUUGUCAUUCUCUUCGGAGCAACAGAAUUUUUUCUCCUGGCAGCCAUGUCAUAUGAUCGCUAUGUCGCUAUCUGCAAACCCCUUCAUUACAUGACCAUCAUGAGCAAUAGGGUGUGUGCCUCACUAGUCCUCUGCUGUUGGGUAUCUGGUUUGAUGAUUGUUCUCCCACCUCUUAGCAUGGGCCUUCAGCUUGAAUUCUGUGACUCCAAUGCCAUUGACCAUUUUAGCUGUGAUGCAAGCCCCCUCAUAAAGAUUGCAUGUUCAGAUACGUGGGUAAUAGAACAAAUGGUUAUCGUUAUGGCCAUAAUUGCACUCAUUAUCACCCUUGUGUGUGUGUUUCUAUCCUACACAUACAUUAUUAAGACAAUUCUGAGGUUCCCCUCUGUCCAACAAAGGAAGAAGGCCUUUUCCACCUGCUCAUCCCACAUGGUGGUGGUUUCCAUCGCUUAUGGAAGCUGCAUCUUCAUCUACAUCAAACCUUCUGCAAAGGAUGAGGUAGCCAUAAAUAAAGGUGUUUCAGUGCUCACUACUUCUGUUGCUCCCUUGUUGAACCCCUUCAUUUACACCCUGAGGAAUAAGCAAGUGAAACAAGCCUUCAAUGACUUUUUAAAGAGGAUUGCAUUUCUCUCAAAACUUCGAUGA